AUGGCACUACAAGGCCAGUCGACAUCGUUUGCGACAGCAGGCAGUCCGCCUCGCUUGAUUAAUGGUCAACCGGAAUCCCAUUUUCCACCACCCAUCUUCGGCCAUCCUCGGCCAAUGCUGCCUCCCUCACCUCAACAGUUCCCUCGAUACCAACCUCAACCUAUUCAUCAUACACAGAUGGCCCUGCCCGGUUCUCUCUACGACAUCAAAGCGCCGACACCUCAACAUGUGCCCCCACCUCCAAUCUCAAAUCCACAUAAAAGACCCGGAAGUAGCAUGUCGAUAUCAUCCAUGCUUGGAGGGGAACCCGAAAGAACGCACCAUGACCUGCAGUCAAUCCAAAACAACCACGGCCCACGAAAUGCCUCCGUCUCCCAACCAGGAAUCCCUGUUGGUAACAUGAUGUCCCCACCCCACCAACCUCUAAGAGUCGGCUUAAGUGAAUACCCAUACAAAAGAUCUCAGACACCUGACAGGAUUGACAGUGUCUUCCAAGGCAAUCGACAACGCAGUGCAAGCUCGGGCACAUCUAUGGCUCCAAACCGAGCCUUCUACGAACACGAUCGGUAUACGAAGCCGCCAGCUCCUACUUUUCACCCAGCACCACUCUUUUCUGGCAACGGACCUACAAGAGAAGAACAAGACGAAAGGAAUCGCUCUGCAAGUCUCAGUGCCAUACUUCAAAGACCGUCGAGUCAGCCUCAAUCAUUCAUUCCUGCGCUUCAGACUCCAAGAAAUUUUGACCCACUUCCACCACAAAGACACAACUGGUACGCCGACCCCCCACCAACCGUACACGAGAUGCCGCGCCACAACGGUUAUUCGGGGACCUACGACACGAAACCACCAGGCUUUCGUGACAUACCGAGGACGAUACCAGCUUCACAAUCAUCACCGUCCGCACCACCUCCGAACCCUGUAUCUCCCGAGCUCAGACGUAUAAGCAACGGAUCGUACAGCCGUGGCUUAGCAAACAUACUCAACGGACCCACCAGCCAGCCACCAGACAUGUCGGCAACGAACAUGAUGAGACAAGACUCUGCCCAGUCUCACAGCGAUCGGUCGAUUCAAGGAGAUAGACGCUUUCGUCACUUCUCACCCUUCGCCGGUCCUGCGGGCCCAUACAUGCAAGGCCUUCACGACGAGCCGGGUAGAAAAGGAAGUGAGGAGAUUUCACACAAGGCCAUAAUUGGACUGGGCCUGGAAAACAGGAGGAGCCGAUAUUCACCCGUACCUCAAGCCGUACAGGGCGCGCAAGCAUCAACACCCGUACCAGACGGCGGAAAUCCUAGAGAUCAGGGCAAGGUCUUUUCAGGCAUUGGCGGUGGUAUCGGCAGUUCAUCGACACCUGUACCCGUCUCGAGUAGUCCUUUCAAGAGUAACGACACUGCACUGCGUGCGACAGAAGUGCCCAAGACCGGUCGAGCAUCGUCGAAUACUGGGAAGCGUUCGAGAAAAACACAAGAUGAUGAGCUGCGUGCAGAUGGUGAUCAAGAAGGAAAGAGGUCAAGCAAAGCAACCAAGAGAGCACGGUACAAACAAGAGCUAGCUGAAGAGAUGGCUACACCUUCUCACCAACGGAAAGGCACUCCGGGUCUGAGUGCAGGUCGAGCGACCAACUCAGCUUCCAAUGCCGCAGUGGCAGCAUCAAUUACUCGUUACGAUGCUGCGCCAAUUUUCAAACCCAAAAAGACUGUCAAGGUGGCCACGCUUGCGUCUCAAAUACUCCGCAAGCCACGCAGACAUCUCGGUUCGUUCCAGUACAACCCCGAGAUUCUUGUCCCACACGAUCAGUCUGCAACGGAUACAGAGACCGAGAUCUGCAUCAAACCGAAAUUAUUACCGUCGUUUUCCGAAACGAACGACCUCAAUUGUACCUAUACAAUCCAUGUCUCCAAAACAUGGCUACAACAACGAGAACGAAGAAUCAUCUGUGCCUCUCGAAACCUCUGGGGUACAGGUCUCUACACAGACGACACCGACCCAGUCACGGCCGCCAUGCACAUGGGCUGGAUCAAACCCGCCUUCCACAAUGUCGACGAAACACUUCUCAAAAAGAUCGUACAUGACCAGAAUCCAAAAAUCGAAAUCAGUAAAGACUUGAAGCCACCUGCACAACCACUCGAGAUCCCCAAAGGUCGAGAUCUGAAAAUCACCUGCGUCGUGAUGCCACUCCUCGAUCACUACGAGGAAACCUCGCGCUUCGGCGUCCGCAGUCGCGCAUGGCCCGAAGGUCUAACUGAAACCACAGCACCCCACGACGGCGUCAGCUUCGCCAUCCUCAAAGUCGAAGUCGUGGAACUCGGCCCGGAAGAACGCCGCAUGGGCCGAACAGGUACAAGCAAACGAGCACGACUGAAAGAGCAGCUGCUCGCCAGAGAACGCGCCCGACAAUCAGAGAAAGAACGCGUCGCUCGCCUCACAAAGAAACUCCGCGACGAAGCUGAGAAGCGGAAACUCGAAGAGGUGGAGAAGAACAACAAUAACAAUAAAAACAAGAAGUCUCGUGCCGCGAGUGCGAAAGCGCCAAGCCCAUUAUCUAACGAGGUGCAUAUGGACGUCGAGCCUGCGCCUGCGCCCACGGAUCCCACCAUCACCACGACGCUACAGUCCGCUCCUCCUGCACUACCACCUGCUGUAGUGGCACUGAGUGAAGAGGAGUGGAUACGACAGUUGGCCACGGCUGCUGCGUAA